GCGACGCCUGCCGCUUAUCUGUCGACCAGUGUGCGGGAAGUUCCGCGAGCUUACGCCAGCGACGGAAAGUGUAGCGCCCCUGUUGCCGCCUUGACUAGGUUCCACGGCCCGACCGCGCAGCAUAUAGCGCUCGUGAUUCGAUUGUUGUGUGUGUGCGAGCAGAGGCCCACAGCAGGCAGUUUGAACCUGGGGCCGCUGCAAACGCAACCGGUGACACCCUACCAAAGACAGCGACCGUGCACGUAAAGCGAGCACCUCUGAUCAGCCGAAGGCGGUAUCCCACCCACCGUCACGAAGACCGAUCGGAAGUGUGAGCACGAGUAAAAGAGGGCAGGAGGUCGAGAGCCAGGUGGUUCCAGCGGGCACCAACGGAGGCCAAUAGCUGCGACAGCCGCAAGCCUUUCGGAAGCCGUGAUGGCGGCCCAGGACGGAACUACGUUCACUGCGGAUAGCGUGGACAGCCUGUUCGAAUGUCCCGUGUGCUCGGACACCGUACUGCCGCCCAUCCUGCAGUGUCGCAAUGGCCACCUGCUAUGCUCAAACUGCAGAAAAAAUGUCACAAGUUGUCCCGUCUGCCGAAGUCCGCUGGGCGAUAUCCGCAACCUCAGCUUGGAAAAACUGUCCGAGAAGGCCAGGUUCCCGUGCAAGUUCAAGGUCAUGGGUUGCCCGUCGAGGCUAUCUGCAGUUGACAAGCUCAGACACCAAGAGAACUGCGAUUUCAGGCCGUUUCGGUGCCCGUACCCAAGCCGCCAAUGCGAGUGGCACGGAUGGCCGCACGAAGUAAGGAUGCACCUUGUCAGUUCGCACCAACAUGUUUCGACGUUCGAAGGCGAGGAGAUGAUCCUGCGCGUGAACGCCAACGGCGCAGACGCCAUCGCCUACUGGGUCCGGCUCCAGCUCUGCUUCGACCGCGAGUUCAUGGUGGUCCUGCGCAGAACGUCGAUAGGCGACGAGCUGUGGCAGUUCUGCGCCGUCAUGCAGACGCUCGGCCCGGGCGACGCGUCGGCCAGGUUCGCGUACCACAUCGCCUACAACGGGCUCGAUGGCGGGUGCGCCCACGAGGGCAUGCCGCUCGCCAUCGAAGACAGCGCCGAGGUUGCCAUGGACAACGGCGACUGCCUCCAUUUCGAGAUAAGCAACGAUCAGAUGCAGGUCUGCGACGGAAUACUGCGCAUCAAGUCGACCGUGAGGGACCUCUCGUGAGUGUCUCAUCUCUGCCAGCUGCGUGAUCCACCCUUCUGCUCUCGCGAGUGAAUUCCGUGUGAAGUGCAACGAGGCGCGGUGUGUGACGCGACACUGCGAUUGCUGGUGCAACGGUGGGAUGUGAUGGACGCAACGGUGUGGAUGUCGUCGAUGCAAAGUGGUUGCAUGGAUAUUUAUCUUUUUUAUAUAUAUUUCGUGUUUUAUGACGUUUAGCAAACCUCAAAGUGCCUGCAGUUAGGGGGCGGCCCAAAGAUGGCGUGUCAAAGGCCGUGGUAUACUUGAUUCCUGCAUUUGGAUUUCGGAUGUACGCGGAUACCAUCAUACGUGGUAUUUCAACUAUGCGUACGACGUAGACGCCACGGCCUCCUAUAUUGUGGACUGGUGUCAAGGUUCAGCCGACAAAUCUGUCUUCGUGGAAUGUGUCGCAACUCCUCUGCAGAAGAAAAAGAACGGAUUGUUUUUAUUGCAAGUUUACCACGUAGUCCUUUCAAUUUCCCUAAUGAAAACGCAGGGAGAGAAGGAAAUGUUGCUCAAGAUGGCUUGUUUUUGGCAAGUUGGUUGAUGCUUGGUGAACCCAUUACAGCGCCAAUAAAGCAAACACAAAUGACGUGAC